AUGCCGCCCCUUAAUACUAGCACCAUGCGCGUGGCAGUUAUUGGUGCCGGCCCUUCGGGUCUGGUAACGCUCAAAUAUCUCAAGACGGCUCACCACUUCUUCCCUGGCAAGCCCGUCGAGGCUGUGCUGUUUGAAUCCGAGUCUGUAGUUGGCGGGACCUUCGCGCAGCGUGCAUACGAGGACGCCGAGCUGGUCUCAUCUAAAUUUCUCACAUCGUUCUCCGACUUCAGGGUUCACGAGAAUGACCCCGAUUUCCUCUCCGCCGAGAAGUUCGUACAAUAUCUUAACGACUACUGUGACAACUUCAAUCUCUGGCCCGAUAUUAAUCUUUCAACUAAGGUGGUGGCUAUCAAGAGGCGCCUCGGAGGUGGCCACAUCGUUUACUACCGGAAGGCAAAUGAUGUUGAUGCAGAAGUUUUGACGUACGAAUGCGAUGCCAUUGCUGUCUGUACCGGCCUGCAUGUGGUUCCUAAUAUCCCAAACCUUCCCGGUAUCGAGAAUAUCCCGGUUGUCAAGCACUCGUCCGAGUUUAAGAAGCGUGAAGAGUUUGGUCGCGAUAAGACUGUCGUCAUCCUUGGUUCCGGUGAGACUGGCAUUGAUAUUGCCCACCUUGCCGUGACCUCACCGACGAAGCGCGUGGUCCUCACUCACAGAGACGGUUUCCUCGGAGCACCCAAGGUUAUUCCUAACCCUGUGUGGUUCCCUAUUCUUGGGCGUAAGGCCGAUCCUAACCGUAGAGAGCUUCCUGUCGACGUCAGCUGGCAGGCACCUCUCUUCGACUCGAUGUACUUACACCCCCUGAUUCGAGAUACCCUCUUCACGUGGAAUGUUUACGAUUGGGGUGUCAAGGCAACUAACUGGCUUGUAUCUGGCACGAUAGCCGGUAUUGACCAAUGGGUCGGAGGCAUCUCUAAGGAGCGAUACCACGUCUCUAAGCUCUUCUUCAACAAGGGUGCGCCUAAGGCACUGCCGUAUAUUAGCGCUCCUUAUCGCCCGACUAACCCAGGUAUUAUCGAGCGGAUCCGCCGUUCUAUUCUCCAGGCGCCCGUUGACAAGGUCGAAGGAGACCGCACAAUCGAGCUAGCACCGUGGCCGACGCAUGUUGAUGCCUCUGGAACGAUCUACUUUAAGAAUAACAGACGCCCCGAGUACUCCAGGAUGCAAGAUAUCGGACCUACCAAACCUGAUGUCUUAGUUUUCGCUACCGGCUACCGUCAAGAGUUUCCAUUUUUCCAAAACCAGGGCCGAGAUAGCUACCCGGUACCUAGCAGCGCGGAUGUCCGAUCGAUCUGGAGCCGCGCGGACCCGAGCGUCGGGUUCAUCGGGUUCGUACGUCCUGGAUAUGGUGCUAUCCCCCCGCUCGCCGAGCUACAGGCUCAACUGUGGCUGCUGAACCUCAUGAUACCUGAGCGCACGGCUAAUCUGCGUGAUGACGAUGAUCAUCACUUCCGCCUUAGAUCCAACCAGAAUUCACGUAUCAACUAUGGUGUCGAUCAUGAAACUUAUGCCUAUCAGCUAGCGCUCGAUAUAGGUUCCGCCCCGGCCUUCUGGGAUGCCGUACGGGCUGGAUGGUCUGCAUCUAGGUACCAGUCUAAUCUAUGGUAUCGUAUUCCGAUCAUCUGGGCAGCGGGUGCUCAGCUCAACCCCAAGUUUCGCCUCAAGGGCCCGUACUCCUGGGACGGUGCUACUCAAGUCCUUGGUAACGAACUCUGGCAAACAAUCUCUCGCCGCCAUGGAAUGUUUGGAAACUUUUUCCUAGCCGUCGUCCCAAUCACCCUCCUGGGUGUAUUCAGCCUGUUCUUGUACCUCGUUGGGCUUAUUUUGCUGCUGGUGAAGGUGGUAACUUGGCCUAUUACUGCACCCUUCCGUCACGGCAGACGUGGUGUUAUUAGGCUUGAAGAGGGUCGCAAGUAUACCAAGAUAGAAUCUUGA